AUGAUGAACGCGAGACAGACGCGCUGGGUUGAGUUCUUGGCGGAUUAUCAGGUGAGCAUUAACUACCAUCCGGGCAAGGCUAACCUAGUGGCGGACGCGUUGAGUAGACGGAGGUAUGAUUCCGCAGUUGAGCGAGAUGUGGAGUCUCUAGUUGGCGAGAUCAGUACCUUGCGUUUGUGUGCCAUUUCGCAGGAGCCUUUGGGUUUAGAGGCAGUGGAUCAGGCGGAUCUACUUAGCAGGAUCAGAGUUGCUCAGCAGAGUGAUCAGAGUUUGCUAGAUGCGACGAGAGUGACUGGUUCUGAGUAUGAGGUCUCUGCGAAUGGGACUAUCUUGGUUCGUGGGCGAGUUUGUGUGCCUAAGGAUGUGGAGUUGAGACAUCAGAUUUUGGGAGAGGCUCACGCGAGCAAGUUUUCCAUUCAUCCGGGAGCGACCAAGAUGUACCAUGACCUCAAGAGAGCAUCAGGUUCCGGGUGGUCUUUUGCAGAGUUUACCCAUUCCGAGUGGAAGUGGGACAGGAUUACGAUGGAUUUCGUGGUUGGACUACCUGUUUCGAGGACUUUCGAUGCUAUCUGGGUGAUUGUGGAUCGGUUGACUAAGUCUGCACAUUUCUUGGCCAUCAAGAAGACAGAUGGAGCUGCUGUCUUGGCUAGGAAGUUUGUGCGAGAGAUUGUGAGGCUGCAUGGAGUGCCAGCUAGUAUUGUGUCAGACCGUGAUCCCAGAUUCACUUCAGAGUUUUGGAGGGCGUUUCAGGCAGAGAUGGGCACUAAGGUGCAUCUGAGUACAGCUUAUCAUCCGCAGACAGAUGGUCAGUCAGAGAGGACUAUUCAGACUUUGGAGGAUUUGCUGAGGAUGUGUGUGUUGGAUUGGGGUGGCCAUUGGGCAGAUCACCUAAGCUUAGUUGAGUUUGCAUACAACAACAGCUUUCAGGCGAGUAUUGGCAUGGCUCCAUUUGAGGCUUUGUAUGGGAGGCCAUGUAGGACACCCCUAUGCUGGACCCAAGUGGGGGAGCGCAGCAUGUAUGGAGCUACUUAUGUUCAGGAGACGACAGAGAAGGUUCGUGUUGUGAGGCUGAACAUGAAGGAGGCUCAGGAUAGGCAGAAGAGUUAUGCAGAUAGACGCAGACGAGAGCUUGAGUUUCAGGUUGGAGAUAGAGUUUAUCUCAAGAUGGCUAUGUUGAGGGGUCCUAACAGAUCCAUAGCAGAGAACAAGCUGAGUCCGCGAUUUAUGGGUCCGUUUCCAGUAGUGGAGCGAGUUGGGCCAUUAGCUUACAGGCUGGAGUUGCCUGAGAUUAUGAAAGCCUUUCACAAGGUUUUUCAUGUGUCGAUGCUGAGGAAGUGUCUUCAUCCUACAGAGGAGUUAGUGGCUAGGAUUCCAGAGGAUCUUCAGCCAGAUUUGACCGUGCCGGCAGUGCCUAUGAGGAUUUUAGAGAGGAGGGAAAAGGUUCUGAGGAACAAGAGGAUUCCCUUACUUGAGGAUUUUGUGGGAUUGCAGUGGUUCUACAGAGGAGACUUGGGAGCCAGAGGCAAAGAUGAAGUUGAAGUUCAGGAAGUGGUUCGACAAGCAGACUCUCUGGGUGCAAGUAGGCCUCAGUUGAGUGUAGCUUAUAUGGGUGCAAGUAGGCCUCAGUAUAAGCAGUUUAGUUCAUCUGGGUGCAAGUGGGCCUCAGUAUGGACGUUUUCGGGUUCGUCUGGGUGCAAGUGGGCCUCAGUGCGGACCGGUGUGGACUUGUCUGGAUAUGACGUUUGUCUCGGGGAUCAAGUGAGGAUCUCCGGUGUUGCGGCCUUGCGAGGUUGGGUUUUGUGGUCUUUGUGA